AAUGCUAAAUGCAGAGCAUCUUCAAGGGCACGUAUAUUUGAAAGACCUGCAUUGAAACACUUUCAAGUCCUUGAGCAACUCUAAUGGGCAGAGUAUUAUUCACUAGUUAGUACUAUAUAAUACACACUGGUUGGCUUGAGCUUCUAUCUCCUGGCUUCAUACUUUUUGCACCAUUGGUAACUGUGGCCUAAGAAUUUCUCCUCAACAUGGAGUUCAUGAAGCAGUACUUAUGCAUUGGUUUGGCUCUGUUCUUUGUUUUAGGAGCUUGGACUUCUCAAUCCAUGGCUCGAACCUUCAGAGAUGCAUCAUUGUAUGAGAGGCAUGAGCAGUGGAUGGCUCGUUUUGGACGCGUAUACCAGGAUGCUAAUGAGAAGGAGAUUCGUUACCAGAUAUUCAAGGAAAAUAUAGAACAAAUAGAUUCAUUUAACAGUGAAGCAGGCAGAUCUUACAAACUGGGUGUGAAUCAGUUUGCAGAUCUUACGAAUGAAGAAUUCAAAACUGCACGGAAUAGAUUCAAGGGUCAUAUGUGCUCUGUUCAAGCCGGCCCUUUCAGGUAUGAGAAUGUCACUGCUAUACCAAGCAGCAUAGAUUGGAGAAAGAAAGGAGCUGUGACACCUAUCAAGGAUCAAGGCCAAUGUGGUUCCUGCUGGGCAUUUUCAGCAGUGGCAGCAGUGGAAGGCAUCACUGAGAUUAAAACUGGAAAAUUAAUUUCCCUUUCAGAGCAAGAACUCGUUGACUGCGAUACAAGCAGUGAGGAUCAAGGCUGUCAGGGUGGUUUGAUGGAUGACGCUUUUAUAUUCAUUGAAAAGCAUGGCUUAGCCAGUGAGGCCACCUACCCAUACCAUGCAGCUGAUAGCACUUGCAACACAAAGGAGGAAGCCAAACCUGCAGCUACGAUAACAGGAUACGAGGAUGUGCCAGCAAACAAUGAAGCUGCUCUAUUGAAGGCUGUUGCUAAACAACCAGUUUCUGUUGCCAUUGAUGCUGGGGGAUUCGAGUUUCAAUUCUACUCAAGUGGUAUCUUCACAGGAUCCUGUGGGACUCAGCUAGACCAUGGUGUUGCUGUGGUAGGCUAUGGAGACAGCGACAGGAAGGAGUAUUGGCUGGUGAAGAACUCGUGGGGCACACAAUGGGGCGAGGAAGGAUACAUACGAAUGCAGAGAAAUAUUUCUGCAAAGGAAGGCCUCUGUGGCAUAGCAAUGCAAGCCUCUUACCCUACUGCCUAAUGUUCAACAUCAAAACAAGCUCAUAUUAUGUAUUAUAAAGUGUAUAAUCUACUUUCAGUCUCUCCGGUUGUUUGGAUCUCAGCAACAACUAGUAAAAGCCUUAUAAUAGAAACAAGUUCGCACAUCUGUUAUUAUCAUAAUAUAUGGGGAAAGCAUCUUUGGCUUUUUUACUAAAGUCUAGGAGGAAACUUGAAAUACAAGCAAGGACUUGCAAAAUGGCGCCGCCAGGAAAUGCAGAACCCUUUUGGCUUGUUCCAUUCAAGAUACAACCACUUGAUAGUUUUGUAUAAAAACUGGUACAAGCUUUUGCUUAUAUGUUCAGUAUACCGUUGAACAAAUGAUCAGAAAAUGUUUGUUC